CAGCUGAUUCAGGAACAUCUCGUAAAUAUUGCAUUUUUUCUUUCUCUUUUUCUUUUAAAAUUCCUCCUGCGCAACUUUGGGAUUCCUUGGCUUCCAGCCGGCUCUGUGAUCCAGCACCGCUCCUCUCCACCAAGACCUCUGCCUGCCUUCCCUGCAUCCACCUUGGGACAUCAUUUCUCAUGGCAGCUUUUCAGACCACUUCGUGGAGGCUGAUUUCUGGCGCCUUGGGAGUAGUGUGCCUUUUGUUGAUGGCUACCCUGGGAAUUUUAUUGAAACGUUCAUUUACCAGACAAAGUAUUCAGCCAACAUCCUCUCCAGGAUCCACCGUAGAACCCCAGGAAGGCUCUGACUGCUGUUCUUGCCAAGAAAAGUGGAUUGGGUACCGAUGCAAUUGUUAUUUCUUUUCCAAAGGAGAUAACACUUGGGUGGAAAGUAGGGAUUUCUGUGCUUCUCAGAAUUCCAGUCUACUUCAGCUGGAAAGCAAAGACGAACUUGAUUUUUUGAAAUUUAGGGGACGCUUAUAUUGGAUUGGACUCUCUUAUAAUGAAACACGUGGCGCCUGGGUGUGGGAGGACGGCUCUGCUCUCUCCCAGGAUCUACUGUCAUUCUUUCAAACUUUAGACUCAAAGAAAUGCAUAGUGUAUACUUCAGACAAAGAGAUAUUGGAUGAACCUUGUGGGGAGAAAAACCCUUCUAUCUGUAAGCAACAGCUUACUUAAGGGCUUCUUGGGACAUGGUGGGGCGAGGGGAGUGGAGAGCUAUAAAGCAGAUCCAGGAUUAAUAAGAUCAGUAUAUUUCUCUCUUAUAUUAUUAUAGAUUAUCUACUUCUGGGAUCUGUAAAAUGUUGACAUUUAUGUCUUUUCAUACACUUUCCAUAUAUUUGAAGCCACAUGCUUUCAAAUAGUUAAAAUUUCUGUGCC